AUGGGGCUGUGUCGCAACGGGCCUCCACCUGACCUGCAGUAUGAUAACUCCUCAGAACUGUUUCGCAUCUCCACCUUUGCUCGAUUCCCGACUUCAGUUGUCACAGAGCGAAGUCUGGCACGGGCAGGCUGGUUCUACACGGGCAUAGGUGACCGUGUCCAGUGCUUCAGGUGUAAUGUGAAAGCUGAAGGCUGGCAGGCUGGGGACUGUCCCACAGAGAAACACAGGCAGCUCUCUCCAGCCUGUUCCUUCAUCCAGAGCCUCCCAUCUACCACAAACCUGCUCUCCUCCUCCCACUCUGCCUUCUCCCCGCUGCGCAUUGCCCCCGCUAUACCACUGUCUGGACCCGGCCCAGCUGCUCCAAUAAGCCAAGGAGAGGAGGCCGCUGGCUACCUAAAUAUGGCUUUCUCCGCUCCACCGCCCUCCAGCCCCCUGAGCUCCCGUGGUGUAGAGGACAUGUCCCACCAGAGACCAACCUGCCACAACCCCACCAUGCGCAGAGAGCAGGACCGCCUGGACUCCUUCCACACAAGCACGCUAGCCAACAUCACCCCGGCAGAGCUUGCCAAGGCAGGUUUCUACUUCCUAGGACAAGGAGACCGGGUGGCCUGCUUCAGCUGUGGAGGACAGCUGAGUAACUGGGAGCCUGGUGACCGAGCGGUGUCCGAGCACCAGCGGCAUUAUCCGAACUGCCGCUUUGUCCGGGGGGACCGAGCUGACAACGUGCCGCUGGCCGGUGCUGCGGCCGGUGCCCCUGCCCUCACCAGCGUGUCCAACCCUUCCAUGCAGCAGAGUGACGAGAGGCUGCUGACCUUCGUCAACUGGCCGUCCCGCAUCCCUGUGCGGCCAGAACAGCUGGCCAAAGCUGGCUUCUACUAUGUGGGCAGAAACGAUGACGUGAAGUGUUUCUGUUGCGAUGGAGGCCUCCGAUGCUGGGAGUCUGGGGAUGAUCCAUGGGUUGAACAUGCAAAGUGGUUUCCUCGAUGUGAGUAUUUGCUUCAGGAGAAGGGACAAGACUUCGUUCACCAGAUUCAGGCUCGGUUUCCUCGGCUUUUUGAGCAGCUUUUAACAAACGGAGACAGCAGCAGAGAGUUUGUGGAUCCACCCGUGGUGCACCUGGGUCCAGGAGAAGAGCGGUCGGAGGACGCCAUCAUGAUGAACACCCCCGUGAUAAAGUCCGCCUUAGAGAUGGGCUUUGAGCGCAGCCUGGUCAAGCAAACGGUCCAGAGCAAGAUCCUGACCAGCGGAGAGAACUACCGAACGGUCCAGGAGCUGGUCUCAGACCUGCUGAGCGCAGAGGACCAGAAGAGGGAGGAGGAGCGCGAGAUGCUGGCGGAGGCGAUGGCGUCAGAUGGCUUCACGUUUGUGAAGAGACACCAGGCCGCGCUGAUUCAGCGUCUGAAGAGUGUCGAGCCAGUGUUGGAGCAUUUAAGAGAUCAGAAUGUGUUAUCUGCUGAGGAGUACAGCGGCCUCCUGGCUCAAACGUCAGCCCAGCAGCAGACCGCCAGAUUGAUCGAGCUAGUCCUCACCAAGGGAAAUGCUGCCGCCGAGGUCUUCCGCAACUGGAUCCAGAAAAACGACGUCCACCUGCUCAGAGAUCUCAUGGCACAAUCAAAUGAAGCUUCUUCCCCAAGCCAAGAUCUCUCAGACCUCCCAAUGGAGGAGCAGCUGCGGCGAUUGCAGGAGGAGCGGACCUGCAAGGUGUGUAUGGACAAAGAAGUCAACAUCGUCUUCAUCCCCUGUGGACAUCUGGUGGUGUGCAAAGAGUGUGCGCCAUCCCUCCGAAAGUGCCCAAUCUGCAGAGGCCUGGUCAAAGGCACUGUUCGCACCUUCCUCUCCUAA